CUUUUUUCGUAGGGCGUGUUCUUCGCUGUUCGCAGUAAUGGCGAGCUACAGAGAAGCUCCUUUGGCUAGUCGGCCAAAAACAUUAGAUAAAGCCGAGUAUUACAAUCUUUCACCUGAAUACCGGCGUGCUGAGGAAGAGAGAGCAGCUCUGCGGUCACAACUGAAGAGGCAGUACCUGCUGCAGCUGAACAAUCCUAGUCGGAAAGAGCUGAUUGAGGAUCCUGCUCUUACACGAUGGGCAUAUGCGCGCACCCAUAACGAGUACUUCAGACCAACACCUAAAACAUCAUUGAUUGGUGGCGUGUUUGGUGUUCUUCCCCUUUUCAUCUUUUUUGUGCUGUUCAAAACAGACAGGGACAAAAGGGAGGCCAAGAUUAAGGCAGGAACCUAUAACCGCAAUUUUAAACUUACAACCUAAAUGUUUUGACUUAACUGUUCUUUGUAACAGAGAGUACUUGUAAUUAUAUGCUAAAUAAAAUACUUUGUUGUUGAAA